CGCCCUCCGCACCUCACGCACGCGCAUUCUACUCCCGUGGCAGGCAAGCCUCGCCCCACACCGCCCCUACCGCUCUUAUUAGGGGAGUCCAGCCAUGGCGUCCGAGCGGCUGCCCAGCAGGCCUGCUUGUCUCUUGGUGGCCAGCGGCGCUUCCGAAGGUGUGUCAGCCCAGUCCUUCUUCCACUGCUUCACACUGGCCAGUGCUGCUUGCAACCUCCAGGUGGCCACCCCUGGGGGAAAGGCCAUGGACUUUGUGGAUGUGACCGAGAACAAUGCACGUUGGGUACAAGACUUCCGCCUCAAAGCUUAUGCCAGCCCCGCUAAGCUUGAGUCCAUAGACGGUGCCCGGUACCAUGCUCUCCUGAUUCCCAGCUGUCCUGGAGCACUGGCUGACCUUGCCAGCAGCGGGUCCCUGGCUCGGAUACUGCAGCACUUCCGCUCAGAGAGCAAGCCCAUCUGUGCCAUUGGCCAUGGUGUUGCUGCCCUGUGCUGUGCUACCAAUGAAGACAGGUCCUGGGUGUUCCAAGGCUACAGUCUGACAGGGCCUUCUGUGUACGAGCUCAUCAGGGCACCCGACUUUGCCCGCCUGCCGCUGGUUGUUGAAGACUUUGUGAAGGAUUCUGGUGCUGGCUUCAGUGCCAGUGAGCCUGACGCGGUGCAUGUGGUGCUGGACCGUCACCUGGUCACUGGCCAGAACACGAACUCCACUGUUCCUGCUGUCCAGAACCUGCUCUUCCUCUGUGGCAGCCGGAAGUAACGUGGAUGCUGUCCCUGAUCCUGGUGGCCUAGAGACAACAGCUGAACUCACUGUGGCCUCUUCUGUUGGUCCUUACCUGAUGGGGCCCUCAAGCCUCCAUCUGGACCUUGUGGGAUGCUGGAAGCCUCCAGGAGUUAAGACUUGUAGAGUGUCAGUUUAAUGUAAACUGAACACUCCUUCCUCCAUUCCCAGCACACAGUGUGGAGCGUCUUAGCUGGCCAGGCAGUCCCUGAGAUCUGCAAAUUGAGCGUUCCAAGGAGAAUCGUCCAUUCUUGGGGUUUUAGAAUGGGGUGUUGCUCUUCCAUGGCCCUCUGGCUAUUCCCAUCCCUUUGGCUGUUGGUGAGAACCAUGGGGAAGGGACCAACAGGCUUGAGCUUCCCCUGAAUUCAUCUUGCCAAAGGUGGACAGUAUAUGUUUCCUUAGCCCUAAGCAGGCUGCAUCCUUGCUGAAGAAGUCUGCCCUUGUUUAAGCCUUGCUGGCCUGUGGUUUUGAAUGUAAUAGAGGCCCCAGUUUGGCCUGGCCUGGUCCUGGACCCUUGGAGUAGACACAGUGAUGUCACCCUGCCCCGUAUGGCAUGGAAAAAACAUGAGUGUCACACCUAGAGAUCCUUAAACUGCUGUUACCCCAUAGUCUGUCCAGUGGCCUCUGGCUUACGGAAGCCUCAGACCGGGUAUUUCAUCUACUCCUAGAAUGGAUGGCCGCAGAUGGUCUUGGGCUAUAUGGACUAGGAAUAGCCAUGAGUCCUGCCUCCCAGACCCUAGACAGGCUUUUGCUGAGGACCUGAUAUGGACACGUAGCCGCCUCCCUCCUGGACAUGCUUGUUUGCUGUCAAUCCUGGGGCACCUGGCCUGGACUGUAGCCUCCAGUGAACAGCCUUCUAGCCCUGGAAUAAAGCCUUCCAACUGGACCUCCCAAUUUCCAUCUCCACUUACCUUUUGCACAUCCCAAGCUCCAGGGUAGCACCAGUGCCAGAGGCCUAGAGGAACACCUUUUGGCGGUGAGAAACCUUUAAUGAGGGAAGUCCAGAACCAAGUGGAAUAAAGAAGCAGGAGAAGCCUA